CGAUAACAGAGCCGGGCAGCGGAGGAGGAGCAAUUCUGCCGCCGCUGUGACGCCGGUUCACCGCCGCUCUCUCCCUGUGCCGCCGCCGCUCCAGCGUUGCUGCUUCGCCGUCACCAGGAAGCCGACCGACGUUGCUGCUUUGCCCUUGCCGGAAAACAGCCCCGCCACCGUAUGCCAAUUCGACUUCCUUGUCCGUUGAAUUGUUUUGUUUAAUUCGUCAAUUAAUUGAGUGGUGAAAUUCCACUCUAAAUUCACUAUCCCCGACAUCGAAGAUAUCGAGGGGACUGCAACUCUCAACUCCCAAACACUCACCCAGCAGCAGGCCCAAUCUGAGCAGCCGGCUCAGUCCUAGCAGGGAACCAAUGUCCCCCUCCACUCCAGGGAGCUCUAUGUUGACAUAGAGAUCCUGGAGUUUGACAACAUGCUCGAGGAGACUAGGCAUACAUCCGAGGCCGGGCAGGAGAGCAAGCAUCCGGAGACAGCCGUCGAGGAGACCGUUGUAGAGGACCUACAGAGGAAGAGGCAUAGGACAAAGUCCAUCAGGCAGUCGGUGCAGUCCUCCGAUGCCGGCAAAGGCUAGGGCAAGCCCCGAGCCGUGAUGCUCAUGUCUCAGUCAGACGAGGAGCUUUUCGAGGCUUUCUACGCUGAUCUGAAUGAGGUCGGCCGGAUCGGCCAAGAAUGUGCCACCCGGCUUCUGAAGUCGAAGUCGGAGGAGAAGGCCCAGAUGAAGGCAAUGAUGGUCUCUUGCCAGAAGGAUGCUGAGGCAGCCUGGCCGAAGGCUGCCAACACAGAGGAGAAGCUCCAGGAUCAAUCAGAGGCCUUUCGGGUCCUUUACGCCAAGCAUGGCGGAUUGCUGAAGGCUGCGAAAGAGGCCGACCAGGCUCAGCAGAGGAUCGCUGAGUUGGAGGAGAACACCGCCCGGUCGGAUGAAGAGAUCGCCCAGCUGAAGGCCAAGCUGGAGAAAGAGCGAAGCGAUCGGGUUAUCCAAGUUGCUGCCUGGGCCGCCCAAGAGCUGGAGAAAUUUGCCGCCCAGGCGCUUCCCAACUGGGAGAUCGUGAUCUGAUUCUUCCAAGGUCUGUACAAGCAUGAAGUGUCCCAGCGAAUCAUCGACAACAUUGGGACCUUUGGCUUUGAGACCGGGAAGUACGGGGCCCUUACGAGAUCCUGAGCAGGCGGGUCCAAGAUUUUGAUCUCAAGGUCUUCUCCCUCCCCGAGCUGCAUGACAAGGAACCGGUCCCACCCUUCGAUGGGAUUUGAAACAUGUAUUUUUAUUUAUUUUUUUGUUUGAAUACUUAAUGUGUCGUCCUUCCCAAGAACUUGUAAAACCUUAAAUAUCAAUGAAUUCUUUUUCUCUAC